UUGCGAUUUACCGGGCAGUAUUUCGUGUCACAAAUUGCCUUUAAGUUCCCAUCCAGUGUGGAGUUGACUGGACCAAGCAGUUAGUCUACUACGCUACGUGGAUUGGCCAGUAUAUUGAUUUCACUUUCGCCACUAAACCUCGAUCGGGAUUCAACUGCGUGCAUUCACUGACAGCGUCUUCGAAUAGAAAUGGGGAAUUUGGUGACCCCGAGAAAAAAGUUGAACAAAGAAGAUUUGCUAUUCCUGAAAGACAACACACAUUUUUCGAAGAAACAAAUCAAGCAAUGGUACAAUGGAUUCAUCAGAGAUUGUCCUUCCGGCCAGUUGAGUAAAAAGAAAUUCAUCGAAGUCUAUUCGGGUUUCUUCCCUGACGGAAAUGCCGAGGAGUUUUGCACACAUGUAUUUCGGACAUUCGACAAAGACAAUUCUGGACGAAUCGAUUUCAAAGAAUUUCUAUUGGCCAUCAACAUAACAUCUGGUGGGGACCCGGAAGAGAAAUUGGAAUGGGCUUAUCAAAUGUACGAUAUUGAUGGGAAUGGGACAAUCGAACGGUCGGAAAUGGUCGAGAUCAUACGCGCAAUCUACUCUAUGCUCGGUACCGAUAGUAACGCGGUCGAUCUGAGUCCUGAAGCCCGAGCAGAGGAGAUAUUUGAGAAGAUGGAUGCCAACGGUGACGGUGUGCUGACCAGAGAGGAAUUCAUGAAGGGGUGCAUGGAGGAUAGUCAGUUGAAAGCGAUGUUACUGGCUGAUGAACCUGUUGAGUAAGGCCCGAGAACCGUCGUCUACCACUUACUGCUGAUGUCAGCGCCUUGUCCUCGUUACCUGUUUCUGUCAGAAUCUUCACCAUAUUUUCUAUGAUAAUAUAGUAUCGCUGCUUCAUCGACUUUUCGAGCAGAAAUAAAGUUCGAUCACAACACACAGGCUGCAUUCGCCGUUCGAUCCACCAACACACACACACACACACACACACACAUUCCGUCAAACAGCGGGGUUUCGAGUGUACAUUGUAUGCCGUGAAAGACGGCAUGCCGAACUACAGAUGCACCAACUUCAUGAUUCACUUUUCAUGUGAAGGGUUUCCCUACUCUUUCGGGCGCGUUGAAAGAUCAUCGAAUUGAAACAACUUUCGUUUCUUUUACCAUGCUAUUUUCCUUUUUUCUUCUUCACGACGGGCGGACGUUGUACAGACAAGAAGGGAUUUCGCUCUUAUAAGCCCCUUUAUUCCGUUUCGUAGUAAAAAAAUGGCUACUUUCCUCAUUCUGUCUCAUCCGCUUUUUCUACCUGAGUUGAUAACAGUGGGAUUUCAAUGACGUUCUCAACCUCAUUCGAUUUCAUCACACACAUUCUCUCUCUCUCCCGGUAUUUUAUUCCCACGCCAAACUAUACUCGGGUAGAACAUAUUCCCUUGACAGCGUCUGCAACGGAGCCACACAACUUCAACUAACAGAUGAUGUCUUUGUUUCUCUCAUGUUCUUUACUGUGUCUUGCUCAAUAUAAAACUGGCCUUUUUCUCACCUUUGUUGAGCGAAUGCGCCUGUCUCUGUUUAGAAUAUCCACGUAUACUAAAGGAAUAAAUACAUGUAUGAG